AUGCAGAAGAAGAAAAAAGAAAGAAAUAAGAAAAGAAAGAGAAGGAGAAGUGAUUGGCUUGGAACAAGAAGAGACAGACGAGGAAGGAAGAUCAAAGAAAUAGGAAACUCAACAAACUUUGGACUAUCAUUUUAUACCACAGAAAAAGCAUUACUAGACGCAUUUUCUCAAUAUGGCCAAGCUGUUGAAGCCAAUGUUCUGAUGGAUAAAGUUUCAAGCAGAUCAAAAGGCUUCAAGUUUGUUACGUAUGCAUCUGUAGAAGAAUCUGAGAAAGCCAUUUCUGAAAUGGAUGGAAAGACACUACACGGACGUAUAAUAACCGUUGAACUGGCAAAACCACAGACAAAACACACUGGUGGUAUGUCGUUAGCUAGAGGACCCCCUGACCCGCAUACAGAGAAGCAGUAA